AUGGACGGUGAAUCGAGCUCAGGCCCAUGUGUUGAUCAUAUAACGUUGAUUUGCACCCCCACCACUGCAUGGUCAGCUGCCACUGCAGCCAAGGCGAGGCUGAACCGCCCGCAGAGUCUGAGGCAGCCCUUUAAAUACCCUGGUAUCCGGACACGUUGCCUAGGCGGGACUCAGUUUGAAAUUCCACCGUUUGCAAUCAUUGUCCACCCCUUCUUUUUUUUUCCUUUCCCUCAUCCUCAUUGCUCGCCCGAAUUUGAUCCGUCAUGUACCAUGACGCUAACUCACGAAGACUACACGGUCGGCUGGGUUUGCGCUUUGCCGCGCGAACUGGCAGCCGCGCGAGGAAUGCUUGAUGAGAUCCAGCAGGAUCUUCCGGCUGAAUCAAUCGACUGCAACGCUUAUACCCUGGGACGGAUUGGCUCGCACAACGUUGUCCUGGCAUGUCUGCCCCUCGGGGAAACCGGCGUUGUUCCCGCGACCGUUACAGUAAUGCGAAUGAAGUCGACGUUUCGCUGCAUCGGGAUCGGACUUGUAGUUGGUGUUGGGGGUGGUGUCCCCAGUGAGAAGCAUGAUAUCAGGUUGGGAGAUGUGGUAGUCGCCGACAGUGGCGUGAUCCAAUACGACAUGGGCAAGACGGUCCAGGGAGGUCGAUUCAUCUGCACGCAGGACUGUCAGCGUCCACCACAAAACUUGUUGAUUGCAGUGUCCAAACUGCAAUCCAUCUACCGUUUGGGGGAGCAGAGAAUCCAAGAAUAUAUCGACAAAAUGACUUCUCGCUACCCUGGUUUCUUGCAUCCAGGCGAGGAGUCGGACGUCCUCUACGCUGCCUGCUAUGAUCAUCCACCAGAAGAAGUCUCGUGUGGGCAGUGUGAUCCUAUUCAACGCGUUACCCGCGAUCCUCGUCAAUCGACACACCCGGUUGUACAUUAUGGCUUGAUUGCUUCCGGGAACCAGGUCAUGCGUCACGGAGCCACCCGGGAUAAAUUGCAGAGAGAGCACGACGUUCUUUGCUUUGAGAUGGAAGCAGCAGGUUUGAUGAGAGAAUUUCCUUCGCUUGUCAUCCGUGGUAUAUGUGACUAUUCCGACAGCCACAAACAUAAAGCGUGGCAGGACUACGCUGCAGUUACCGCAGCGGCGUACGCAAAGGAACUCCUAAGCAUGAUACCAGGUCCGUUAUCGCGCCCGACCGGUAAAUGUUUCAUGGUUCCGUUUGCCGCGACUCCGAAUUUUGUCGGGCGAAACGAAAUUCUUGGUGUGAUCGAUGAUAAACUGCAAGCGAAGGAACCGGUGGUUCUCGCCGGGAUUGGCGGAGUUGGCAAAACGCAACUUGCCGUCCAGUAUUGCUAUUUGUACCGAGAAAGAAAGCCCACGGCGCAUGUAUUCUGGGUAAACGCCAGCAACAGCAGCAACUUUGAUCAGAGCUAUUCCGAUAUUGCCCGUGCUUUGCGUAUUCCCGGAUAUGAUAACCCUCAAGCAGAUCUCAAGGCUCAAGUCCACGUGCGUUUAUCGAAGGAGACUGCCGACCCUUGGCUCAUGGUAUUGGACAAUCUGGACGACGGGCAACAACUUGCCUCCCAGAUGGCGUUCGUCCCCAUGACUCGUGUUGGCUCAGGUUCGAUCAUUGUCACUACGCGCGACAUGCGGGUGACACAGUAUCUUCCGGAUUGGGACUGCAUAAACCAAGACGUGAUCACAAUUCCUCCCUUGGAGAUGCGCGACGCCCGAGGUCGAGGCCGUUCUACUGCCCGAGCAAAGACGCGGUCAGACCGACCUUGA